AGUAGUAGGACUUUUAUUUUGAAAUGCCUAUAGUGCGAUGUUAGUGGUCCGUAAACACACCGCAGCCAGCUUCAGUAUUCUGCGUCAGACUCCGCAGUGGAAAGAUGGGGUCUGUGCUCGGGCUUUGUUCUAUGGCGAGUUGGAUCCCCUGCCUUUGUGGCAGUGCUCCUUGCCUUCUGUGCAGAUGUUGCCCCAGUGGAAACAACUCCACGGUCACGCGGCUCAUCUAUUCCUUCUUCCUGCUUCUGGGAGUGGGCAUCGCCUGCAUCAUGCUGAUGCCCGGCAUGGAGGGGCAGCUCAAGAAGAUUCCAGGCUUUUGCGAAGGAGGAAUGGGAACCUCAAUCCCAGGCGUAAAGGGUCACGUGAACUGCGACGUGCUGGUGGGCUACAAGGCCGUGUACCGUGUGUGCUUCGGCAUGGCCAUGUUCUUCCUCUUGUUCUCUCUCCUCAUGAUCAAGGUUAAGAGCAGCCAAGAUCCACGAGCUUCUGUGCAUAACGGGUUUUGGUUCUUCAAGUUUGCCGCUGCUACUGCUAUUACUGUUGGAGCAUUCUUCAUUCCUGAGGGCCCUUUUACAACCGUGUGGUUCUACGUUGGCAUGGCUGGCGCUUUCUGUUUCAUUCUUAUUCAGCUGGUGCUCCUGAUUGACUUUGCUCACUCCUGGAAUGAGUCCUGGGUGGAGAAGAUGGAGGAGGGAAACUCCCGCUGCUGGUAUGCAGCUCUUCUUACUGCCACAACCUUGAACUACAUCCUGUCCUUGGUCUCUCUGGUGAUGUUCUACGUGUACUACACCCACACUGACGGCUGCACUGAGAACAAGGCCUUCAUCAGUGUCAACAUGUUGCUGUGUGUGGGAGCCUCCGUCAUGUCCAUCUUGCCCAAAAUUCAGGAGUCACAGCCCAGGUCUGGUCUCCUGCAGUCCUCCGUCGUCACCCUGUACACUAUGUAUCUGACCUGGUCUGCUAUGACCAAUGAGCCUGACCGCAAAUGCAACCCGAGUCUUCUGGGCAUUAUUGGCCUGAACAGCACCACCCCGGCUAGCCAAGGCCAUGUGGUUCAGUGGUGGGAUGCCCAGGGCAUUGUGGGAUUGAUCCUGUUCCUGAUGUGUGUUUUGUAUUCCAGCAUCCGCAAUUCCAGCAACGCUCAAGUCAACAAGUUGACGCUGACUAGCGACGAGUCUGCUCUGAUCGAGGAUGGUCCAGCGCCAGAGAAUUUCGAUGAGGGAGACAAUUCAAACCGGGCCAUUGACAAUGAGAAGGAUGGCGUCACAUACAGCUACUCUUUCUUCCACUUCAUGCUCUUCCUGGCCUCUCUUUACAUCAUGAUGACUUUGACCAACUGGUACAGCCCCGACUCCAACUAUGAGGCGAUGACCAGCAAGUGGCCAUCGGUGUGGGUGAAGAUCUCAUCCAGCUGGAUCUGUAUCUCGCUAUACGUCUGGACCCUGGUGGCUCCGCUCGUUCUUACCAACCGCGACUUCGACUGAUGAGGCAGAAGAAAGAAAUCUUUAAGCAAACCCUGUCCUUCAUCAUUGUGAAUAUCCGCCUGUAAACGAAGUGCAAGUUGGUUCAUAAUUGUAAAUAGCUGAAGCUGGUGCAUUCCUGUGUGGUUAACCCUCAGUUAUGGUUUAACUGUUGCAUGUAAUGUAGUGGUAUUUAUUUGUGCUGUAUGUUACAAGGAGGUCAAAACAAUUAGACAGACUUGUUUUUAAGUACAGGAUUAUUUACGGAUACAAGAUCAGGAGCGAUUCUUGGAAAACCUUGUAAAAUUAUGAUUUAAGUAGCUUGGGCUUGACAGUACUGUUGAAACAUUUGUCGUAAGUUAUUCAUGGAGCUGUAAGAACAAAACACAUCAUUUUAUUAAAAUUUCCUGUAGAAUGGGCAUAAGAGUUCAGUAUUGCAGAUUUAGCAAGUAUCAUUGCUAAGCAGUGUAACUAAGUUUAGAUUUGCUGUGUUUUUUUCAUUCCAGAUAAUUUGCAUCAAAACAUGACAUUUAAGAUAUGAUUUACGAAACAUAGCUCAUGUGAAAUACUGUUUUAUUAACAUAUUAAUUACAAGUGUUGGCAGUUUGGUGCAUGUUAAUGAAUUUCCAGGCUUUUAGUUAGGACUGUAAAAUGCCGCAGUGCUAAUCCUUUUGCAGCUUGCACAGGUUAGUCGAGUUCUGAGGUUUUAUUGUGUUUGAAAUGUUUUUGCACUGAUUCAUUGCUUUACAAACUCAUGUUAGGAUGAUAUAAAUUCAUACGUGUACUUUGCUUCUAUGCUGGAGGUAAUAGUCUAGUAGCUGCUGUCAAGUAAAAUUACAAGCGUUGAUACCUUAGUGUAUUUUUUGUCCUUUUGACAUGUGCAUUGUAAUCUAUCUUGUCCUAAUCAUUAAAGGUUUAAAGCCCC